AUGCAGGUAUUGGAACAGCCAAACUGGCCGGACAGCCUGCCUUUCAGGGACGAGGACUUUCAGCGAUAUGACCCUAGCAGUGACAAACUCUUCUAUGACCAACCGCGCUUUGUCACUCACAUCGAUGACAGUGCCAUCGCUGCACUUACAAAGUUCUACGAGAGGCAGUUUCCUCCCUCUGGCAGCGAUGACGUGGCGAUCCUGGACCUGUGCAGCAGCUGGAUCAGUCAUUACCCCAAAGACUACAAGGCCGGCCGCAUAGCAGGUUUGGGCAUGAAUGAUGAGGAGCUGAAACGCAAUGUGGCGCUGACAGAGUGGGCAGUAAAGGAUCUCAAUGAAGACGCAAAGCUGCCGUACGAGGACAACUCGUUCGAUGUGGUGACUAAUGCUGUGUCGGUGGAUUACCUAACCCGCCCACUGGAGGUGUUCCGGGAGAUGCACCGCGUGCUCAAGCCUGGCGGGCAGGCCAUAAUGAGCUUCUCCAACCGAUGCUUCCCCACCAAGGCCAUCGCGAUCUGGACAUCAACAGGAGAUCUGGACCACAUCUGGAUUGUCGGAUCCUAUUACCACUAUUCUGUGCCGGGCGGCUGGACGGCGCCAAAGGCCGAGGACAUCACACAGCAGCCGCCCCUGGGAGGCUACUUUGGCAAGACAGACCCCAUGUAUGUGGUGCAUGCUCGCAAGGCAGAGCUUAAGGACAUGUGA